AUGGUGUCGAAGCCAAUCGUUUCAUCAUCCCAACUAACCAUCUCGUAUCAUCAGAGAACCAUCCUCGCUUUACCAUAUCUAAAGCCAACUAUCUCAUCAAUCUUCAACCCCUCAUCUAAAAUGUGCAACUGGAACAUCUAUCUCUGGAAGUGCAACUGCUGGACCUUAGCCAUCAAAGAGCCCUGCCACUUUCGCCGCCAGCAGAAAACAGCCAACUGCAACCAAAUCCAACAGGUCAAGAAAGAAUGGGUUCACGUUCAGGACAAACCAUGCGUGAACCACCGAGCGAACGCGAGUCUCUAUGUCAAUGGACCGACUGCCAAGUGGGAGGAUAUCGAAUCCACUGCUUAUCAGAGUGCGAAGAGUCUUGCUGAGAGAGGAGAGUUUCCCGACUUUGUUGAAUAA